AUGUCAUUGAUUAGGAAAAGGAAAUUGGAUGAAUUAGAACAAGAACAACAAUGUGGUCUGAAAACCCAAGAUAAGCCAGUACUUGAAAAUUCAAUGACAAAAUUAAUUGGACGACUAUAUAAUGUCAAUGAAAAGGGAACUAAUCUAGAUAUUCCUAAAAAGCCUGUGGUGAUUAUUGGCCGCAGUAGUUCAUGUGAUAUUAGAAUCCAAGGAAUUGAUGUUUCUUCCAAGCAUUGUCAAUUAAACAUCAUUCAAACCACAAAUAAGCAUAUUAAUACGCGUAAUGAAUAUUUGAGUCUUACAGAUUUAAGUUCAAAUGGGAUAAAAAUAAAUGAUGAAAUUAUGAACAAGAGAACAAGCGUGAUUUUGAAGACAGGAGAUAAAAUUGCAUUUGCCAAAACUGGAGGGUCAUAUAUUUUCCGAUAUAUUAUUAGCGAUGAGGAUGCUGAGGAAGAUGGCGACGAGAGUGUACAGGCAAAGAAAAAGAAGAAGUAUGCUUCAUUUUUCGACGAUUACAUUCUUGGUAAACAAUUGGGGUCUGGUCAUUAUGCUGUAGUGAAAGAGGCUAAAGACAAAAAAACGGGACAAGCAGUUGCUGUUAAAAUUUUCCAUCCUAAUAAAUCAGGUUUAGUAAAUAAAGCCAAUUCGGCACAGCAACAACAAGAAGAGCUCAAAUUGCAACAGGAAAUGAAUUUAUUAUUGUCAAUUGAUCACCCAAAUAUAGUUAAAUUCAUAAAUCAUUAUGUUGAACCAAUCAACAAUUAUUCUGUCAACACUUAUUUGGUGUUGGAGAAAAUGAAUAGUGGAGAAUUAUUUCAACGAAUAAUUAACAAAUCAAAAUUACGGAUUGAUGAAACUAAAGCAAUUUUCCGACAAAUCUUGUCUGGUUUGAAAUAUUUACAUGAUCAUGAUAUCAUUCAUCGUGAUAUUAAACCAGAAAAUAUUUUAUUGGAUAUAACUCCAAAGACAUCACCACACCAAAAGUCAAUGGGACCAUGGGAUAAAGAUGAAUUUGAUAUCAAAGUCAAAAUUGCUGAUUUUGGAUUAGCCAAGUUUAUUGGUGAAUUGAAAUUUACCAACACUUUAUGUGGAACACCUGCUUAUGUUGCCCCUGAGAUUCUUAAACCCAAUUGUCGAAAAUAUAGUACAAAAGUAGAUCUUUGGUCACUGGGGGUGUUGUUAUACGUAUGUCUUUGUGGAUUCCCGCCGUUUAGUGAUGAAUUAGGUCCACCAAAUAUGAAGGAACAAAUUUUGACUGGUCAAUAUGCAUUUUAUUCUCCUUAUUGGGAUGAAAUAAGUGAUGUUGUUUUAGAUUUGAUAAGUAAUUUAUUAAUUGUGGACCCAAAUGAAAGAUUUAAUGUUGAACAGACGUUAAAUCAUUUUUGGUUUAAUGAAAAAGAACAAGAUAGUCUUGAUCAUAGUGAAGGUGCUGAAGAAAGUCAAAUGGUGGAAGAAUCAAGUUGCUUUUCAUCUUCAUCUCAACCUUCAUCGAUGAUCAAUGGUACGAAAAGACUAAUGAUAAGAUCCAACACUCAACCAAUUACAUUGAAAGAACAGCAUGAAUCACAUAUCAGUUUCAAAACUUGA